CUAACAGAAAAUCCAGUUACAAUUUGCACAUACCCUUUCGUGUUUGAUGCACAGGCAAAAACUACGCUCUUGCAAACAGAUGCUGUCUUACAAAUGCAGAUGGCUGUUGACCAGGCUCACAGACAGAAUUUCUCAUCUAUUUUUCUUCCUGUAUUUGAAUCUGUCAAUCCUUGUCUAAUAUUAGUGGUGCGCAGAGACAAUAUUGUAGGAGAUGCUAUGGAAGUCCUAAGGAAAACGAAGAAUGUAGAUUACAAGAAACCACUCAAGGUUAUUUUUGUAGGGGAAGAAGCUGUUGAUGCAGGAGGUGUUCGCAAAGAAUUUUUCUUGCUCAUCAUGAGAGAGUUGCUUGAUCCCAAAUAUGGAAUGUUUAGGUACUAUGAAGAGUCCAGGCUCAUCUGGUUCUCUGACAAG